AUGUCAUCAUCGCGUGGCACUGCGCUGUUCUCAUCAUUCAGGAGCUCGCAGCGAAGCGCUCCGCUUAGCGUGUCGGAUGAAGAGCUCAUCUUCUCGCAGGCGUCGAGCUCGGCGGCGAAAUUCUACGGCAAUAGCAACGCGGAGAACACGGCCCGUUUGGACGAGUCGCUCGUCGAACUCAUCCGCUAUAUAUCAAAUAUCGAGAAAGCGGCAAGACUUUCCCUAAAUAAUAGGCAUAUUAAGGAAUUACUAGGAUACACGCCAUAUAUUCUUCAAGCUUCCACAACUUCGGCAAACACUCGCUCAAGAUUCUAUCGCCUUCUAUUUAAUAUUGCUCACUAUAAUGUUCCAAUUCGUCGCUAUAUGGCAUGCGAUCUCGAACUCUGCGGUCCGAUAUUCCAUUGUUUGAAAAUUUCGCUGCGUGAGGAGCUCGGCCCACAGAAUCUCAUUGACAUCCUCCGCGUCAUUCAGGUGCUCACCUAUGAGAAGACGGUGGCACUCGCCUCCUGGACAAAUGAGCUCAUCUCAUUUUUAAUAUCCGAAGUGAAUAGAGAACCCGAGGCUGAAUGGCUUCCAUAUUGUGUGGCGAUUUUGUGCAAUUUGGCAACACGAUCGAAAUCGGCGUGCAAUCGCAUCAAAAAAUCGAGCACUUAUAAAACGUUUUGCAAACGGACCAAGGACCUUCUACUUCAUGAUUCUCGGAUAAUAGUGGUCUCAUGCCUCGUCCUAAUCGGAUAUUUGGAAGAAGUACUUCGAGACAUGGUAUAUUGUCCGCAGAAUGUCGAGCAGACCUUUAAAUGCGUGUUCAAUGUGCUCAUACAAGGCGAUGACGAUUGUUUGAUGACAAGACAGAUUGCUGCGGACCUUCUACGAAGGCUAAUAGUCUCAGCGAAUUCAGACACGCCUUCGAUCUCGUCGGUUCCGACCCUCGCCACGACAGGAAAAGAUAUUUUGAACUACGGUUAUUUUACGAAUUUCAUUCAAGAGACCGCAAAUCUUCUUGUGAUUCUGAAUCCGCGAUUGGAAGAGGCCACCAAGAUAUAUGAUCUUUUCCUUUCGUUCUGCUCCCUUCAAAUCCUUCGCCCUCAUGUGUGUCAAGCUAUAAUACGAUGUCAACCGUCUGAGGCGCGUCUAACCACCCCGAUUUUAGCUGUUCUAAAUGCUGCUCGAAUGUCUUCCUAUGAGGCGAUCAAUGGAGAAGUACCGCUGAAAGCGCUGAAAUUGCUCGCCUAUCUGCUAAGUGAAAUUGUUGAGCCGAAUGAGAAGAUUGUGCCGCACAUUCCAAUCGAAUUGAUUGUUGAAUUGGUCCGCGAAUGCGUUUCCACGGAAAUCGAUCUCAAGAAGGACAACGUCGACAUUUGCUGCCGACGAUCGCAGUUGGGCCUGAGGCUCGCCGAAGUUUGCGCUAGGGAUGAGGAUAUCCGCUCGCAUCUUCUUGAGAUAUGCAGCGCUCGACUGUGCAGCAACAUUGCCAACUAUCAGUUCCACCAGAAUCCGGUUGUGAUGUAUCUGACGAAGCCGCCACUUCAAAGGACCGAAACGCUGGAAUCCUGGAGCAUGAGCGGAAUUAGUAUUGUUCUGGAGCUUUGUCGACUCUUGGCGGUUCUAAAGGACCAUUCGCGAAUGCACAAAGAGCAAUAUUGGCAGCUUCUCAAGGAUGAACGCCUUAUUCCAUUUCUAGCUUAUGCUAUAUCAUAUGGCGAUCAUGAGACGGUGUUGUAUGCGUUCAAAACGUAUUCGCAUUGCGCUCAGGUUCACGCGUUUCAAACACACUUAUUGGCGGAAAUGGUGGCGUCUUGCACGUUGGAGCGAAGAAAUCCGCUGAAUGGCAUCACGGCGAGCUCGAAAACAACGCCGUGCAGCUCGCAAGAGGAAAAGUACAGCGGCGAACGAUUGUCGCAUCCGAGAGCCGAGCAUGAUGAGAGGUCGGUGAAGGCGCUCGACGAGCUUCUACGCAAGGUGUCCAUUGAGGGAUGCAAUUUGAAGGACACGAAGACGUCAGAAUUGUUUGCGGCGUUUGAGCGAAAGAUUGAACUCCUUCAGGCUAGAGAACGCGAUUUGGAGUCGUUGGUGCGUGCGAAAGAUGAAGCUCUAGCUCAGAGCGAGAAGCUUCGGAUACAAUAUAAAAAUGGUGUUGGCGCAGCGAAUUUUGGAUCUGAUCUAGAGAUCUCCAAAGUUCGAAGUGUAAUGCAGGAAUGUGAAGAGUUGCGAGACCAGAAUCAGAAGCUUUCGGCGUUUUUAGAAACGGCGAAACACGACAAUGAGGUGAAGCUUCAAGCACUACGCGACGAGCUGAGACGAAGCACGUUGGAGUGUGAACGGCUGCGAGUUGAGAAUCAGAGCAAUCAGAAGCUGGUGGAUUCCUACACGAUAUCUUGUGAUGAGCUGAAGAAGAAGCUGGAGACAGCUUCUGCUUCUGUCUUCGAGCAUCAGCAGCGCUCGAAUUUGUUUGAGCGAGAGAAAUCGGAUUUGGCAGCACAGCUACAAGUAGUGAAAUGCGAAGCGGAUCGAGUGAUUAAGACGAAUGAAGCGGAAAUUCACAAUUUGAACUCGAAAAUCGCCCAACAAGCGGCAAAUAUUGAAGCGUUUUCGCACGAGAAUAAGGAUAUUCGGCGGCAAUUUGACGAGAAGCUUCUCGAAUGUGAGACGGUCAAAGAGCAGCUCGCGAUGCUUGAGAAUCAGUACAAUUCGAAGGAUAAAGAGUUGGCGAGUGUUCGCCAGCAGAUGCUCAAUAUUGAGCAAAGGCUUGUGGCGAAGGAACGAGAAUACAAUGCGGCCGUGAAAGAGAUUUCGUUGUAUGAGGAGAAGCUUAGCUUGAAGGAGCGAGAAGGCGCGGAUCGCCUGGCCGAGAUACGAAUGCUGAAGCAAGAUCUUGAGAAUCGCACGAAGGAGCUGACGAAGCUUGAGAAGCUGCGAGUCGCGAUGCUCUCAUUGGCGGCGAAUUCGACCGAUUAG